AUAUGUGCAACAAGCGCCGGCCGUCUUUUUUGCACAACACAUUAACCAAAUUACCCGUCGUCAUUUAACGUUUCUGCCUAAUCUGCCACAUAACCCGACGGCCGACCACCGGUGCAUAUCACAAGCCAAGCCAAGCCCCCAGUUUCCAGUAUCUCUCGCAACGUCGUCCACAUAUGUACAUAAAUCUCCACGUGACGAGACUGCAUACAAAUUUACAUAUGUACAAAGUGUGUACUGAAUUGUGUGUGUAUUUAUGUAUCUGUCUUUUAUUUACUUCUGGAUUGGAUAACACCUUAUCACGAGAGUGAACCUUUUCCCACGACGAAACAGUACGCACUACGCAGCUACAUAACUACCUUAUCAUUGUUUUUACAGUAUUUAGUUUACCACGUGCAAACAUAAAUAGUUCAAUUUUCACAUGACUCUUCUUGAAUACGAGGCAGUCACGACUUUUCUUAAAGAGAUUUAAAAUAUUAAGUCACCACACGUGAUGACAAAAUUUUAUAAUAAUUGUAUUUUGACUCCAACUUCUCAGUAUUAAAAGAACUCGGAGUUAUUUAAUAAUAAUUAAAAUAACUAUUUAAUUGACAGCCAGUCUCAAUUCGGUAAUUAAUUUCAUCAUACUUUAACAGGAAUUCAUUCACGUCAAAUUAACGAGCUAUUGAAUUUUGUGUAUGAAAACUAUAAUAAAAGUUUAAUAUCUUAUCUACUUAUGUAUUGUGCUCGUUUUUGUUUCAGCCCACAAAAGGCCUUAUCUGUCAGAUCGAUUUGCAUAAAAAAGUUAAUUAUCAAGUUGAAUAAACCAUUCACAGACAGUUUUUAGUUGUGGGCUGGAAUUUCAUGGCGAGUUCACCUUUGUUUUAACGAGACGGCAAAAGAUAUCAAACUCCGCGUGACCCAUUGUACACACUUAUCAAUUCGACUGGAUAACCACAAUUUUACGUAACUAAUUCUUAAUUACUCAUAUAAAUUAGUGGUAGCCAGCCAUCAUAUUCUACCCGGAUUUAUUUCUCUCUGAGCUCUUGCUCCCAAGUGAAACGUGAUAAAAUAAAACAGAAAACCCGGGUAUUAUUAUUUGGUCCAGACUUUUCAAACCAAAACAAAUCACCUGCUGAGCGUUACACAUGCUGGAAUUGCUCAGUUUUUAAAUAAUUCUCAGCAAAUAAUUUCAGAACGUGAAAAGUGAAGUGAAGUCGAUUCGAUAUGACCCAAUUUAGUUAGUUAAUUAGUCCACCCACACCGGAAGUAAUUGAUUGACCUUAUCAUGGAUUUACAAGGAUUUUGCGGGUCCACAUUCUGGGACACUGACCUCGCCUGGCACACCGAGACGCCCGACUUGACCCCGUGCUUUCGAAAAACUGUGCUGACCUGGUUUCCGGCCUUGUUUCUCUGGCUCUGCGCCGUGUUCGACCUCCGCGCCUCGUCGAAUAAUCCAAACGCCGCCUCCCCAAUUCCAUGGAAUCCGUUGAACGUGGCGAAAAUGGGGUUCGCCGUCCUCCUCGCGGGCGUAGAUUUGACCUUUCUUCUCCUCGCGAGAGGGGCUGAGCCCUCUUUUAAUGCUGAUAUUUAUGGGCCGGCGAUCAAAAUUGCGACAUAUAUCUUGUUCCUCGCGUUGCUCUUAUACUCGAAGGGACGCGGCGUCCAGUCGUCCGGGGUCCAAUCCGUGUGGUCACUUUUACUCGUCUUGGCGCAAGGAGUGCAUUUCAGAUCGGUGCUCUUAGCGGUGGGAGAGGAACCUGAUCAAGCUCCAUCCUCCUCUGCGGUGGCGACAUAUAUUUUAGAAAUUGUGUACUUUCCUGUCGUCGCGGGGUUAUUUUUACUGCAUAUUUUUCCCGAUGCGCGACCCUCUUAUGGACAUCUUAACUUAAAAGGGAAACCAUGUCCAGAAAUGACAUCGUCCUACUUUUCGCAACUCCUCUUCCAUUGGUUUACUCCUCUGGCGUGGAAAGGGUUUCGAAAGCCGUUGGAAUAUGUGGACCUCUGGGAUUUGAAUGUCAUCGACCGGUCGAAAUAUAUCGUCAACCGGUUCGACACCUACUAUCCGCACAACCUCAAUAAAGCCUUCCUCAAACCGGAACAGGUCGCAAACGGGACGAAAAGCCACCCCGGCGAGACGGACAUGCAAGUCAAGUUCGUCGAUGGAACGUCCCCCUCCACAAAAAAGGAGGUCACCGUUCUGUAUGCGCUCCUCAAGGCGUUCGGACUUCCCUAUCUGCUCGGCGUUUUUAUCAAAUUCAUCCCAGAUUUGCUUGUUUUUGUGUCACCACAAAUUUUGAAUUUGUUAAUUUCCUACGUGGAAUCUGACCCGACAAAGGAGCCGACAUGGAAAGGCGUCUUUUACGCAUGUAUCCUUUUCGGGAGCGCUUUUCUCGCCACGGUCGUCACUGCUCAAGCGACGCAUCGUUUCUACAUGGCGGGAAUGAGGGGGAGGACCGCGCUCGUGUCGGCCAUCUACAGGAAGGCGCUACUCUUGUCGAAUUCGGCAAAACGGGAGUCCACCGUGGGCGAAAUCGUCAACCUCAUGUCUGUCGAUGUCCAGCGGUGCACAGAAUUCGCCCAAUUCGCCUACUUCCUCUGGAGCGGUCCGUUCAUCAUCGGGCUUUCGGUCUACUUCCUGUGGGGAAUUUUAGGCCCCGCCUCGCUCGCCGGGCUCUUUGUCAUGGUCCUCAUGCUUCCGGUGAACGCCAUAAUUGCGGGGAAAAUUAGAAAAUUACAAGUCACCCAAAUGAAGAAAAAAGACGAGCGGGUCAAACUCAUGAAUGAAAUGUUGUCUGGGAUCAAAGUCCUCAAAUUGUACGCGUGGGAACCCUGUUUUGAAAAACAGAUUACGGAAAUUCGCCACGUGGAGCUGGACGUGUUGAAAAAGACGGCGUUUCUCAACGCGUAUUCCAACGUGUUGUGGACCUGUUCCCCGUUUCUCGUUGCGAUCAGCACGUUCGGAACGUAUGUGUUACUUAGUGAAGAAAAUGUAUUGGAUGCGCAUAAAAUCUUCGUGUCGUUGUCACUUUUUAACGCGAUGAGUGUUCCGUUGACGUUUUUGCCCUUGAUCAUCGUUAAUUUUGUUCAGGCCGUCGUCGCGAUCAAGAGGAUAGAUCGUUACAUGAAUUCGGAGGAGAUUGACGUCACCGCAGUCAGUCAUGAGGAAGAUGAAGCCGAUCCAAUCGUAAUUGAGAAGGGGACAUUUGCCUGGGAAGACGAAUCCACCGUUAGUACGCCAGCACUGCGCGAUAUCACGAUGCGCGUCCAGGAUGGCGCAAUGGUCGCUGUGGUGGGCGUCGUCGGUUCUGGAAAAUCCACCCUGCUUUCCGCUCUUUUGGGAGAAUUGACCAAAAUUAGUGGAAAAGUUAAUACGCGGGGAACCAUCGCCUACGUCGCGCAGCAAGCCUGGAUCCAAAACGCGACCCUGCGAGAUAACAUCCUAUUCGGAAAACCCUUCGAUCCCGUCCGCUACGACAAAGUUAUCGACGCCUGCGCACUGCGACCUGACUUGGAAAUAUUACCGGCCGGAGAUAAAACCGAAAUCGGAGAAAAGGGAAUUAAUUUGAGCGGUGGACAGAAACAGCGCGUCGCACUCGCGCGAGCGGCGUAUUCGAAUGCAGACCUAUACCUUUUCGAUGAUCCGCUCUCAGCUGUCGAUGCGCACGUGGGAAAGCACAUUUUCGAGAAAUUGCUCGGACCGAAAGGAAUUUUGAGGAGGAAAACACGUGUCCUCGUGACCCACGGGGUCGUCUAUUUGCCCGCCAUGAAUAACAUUUUUGUUCUCAAGGAUGGUCAGAUAAGUGAGAGUGGAACUUAUCAAGAACUAGUGGAUAAAAAGGGCGCGUUUGCCGACUUUUUGAGCGUCCACAUGACUUCAGAGGACGCCACAGAAUUUGACGGGUCCGGAUUGAUCGCAUCUCUCGAGUCGGCGGUGGGUGAUAAGGCCUUAUCCGUUAUUCGGGAAAGGAAGCGACGACCAAGUGAAAGCGGUCAGAGCGACAGUGAAUUUCUCACCAGUACGGAAUCCAGCAUAAGGAGACGGAUUGGGUCAAGCGUUAUCGAUUUGGCGAAAGAACGCGACGUGGAUAACAAGCGCCGUCUCAGUCACGCUUCGAUAACGGGCUCCAUUGCGGCCGGAAUGGAUAAGUUGAUUGAAUCAGAGAAGUCAGAAACUGAGGGGGUCAAGGCAUCCGUUUACCUCGAUUAUUUUCGAGCGGCCGGAUGGGGAAUUACAAUUUCCACAUUUUUCCUCUACCUUACUUUUCAAGGAUUUGCGGUGGGAGCUAAUCUCUGGUUGUCGGAAUGGUCUGCACAAAAUGCGACACAAAAUGGGACUCAAGACGCUGCCACGAGAGAUUAUUAUUUAGGCGUUUACGGCGGUCUGGGCGUCAUGCAAGCCAUCGCAAUUCUGACUGGAACAGUGGUCAUGGCGCUCGGAACGGUCAAAUCCGCGGCGGGGUUGCAUCUCAAAAUGUUAAAGAGGAUAUUACAAGCGCCCAUGCAUUUCUUCGACACGACGCCGAUUGGCCGCAUUGUGAACCGCUUUGCGAAAGACGUCGACAUUUUGGACUCAAUUUUACCACUGUUUUUGAGAUAUUUGAUGAACGGGAUUUUCAACGUAUUCGCAACAUUGGUCGUUAUUUCAUACAGCACGCCAAUUUUUGCGGCUGUCGUGGUGCCAAUAACGUUAAUUUACUACUUUAUUCAGAAAUUCUACGUGGCGUCGUCCCGUCAAUUGAAACGUCUCGAGUCUGUCACCCGCUCUCCGAUUUAUUCACAUUUCGGUGAAACUAUUUCGGGCGCUUCGACCAUCCGCGCGUAUCGACAACAAGAGCGCUUCGUGCUCGAUUCUGAAGCUAAAGUGGAUCACAAUCAGAUUUCGUUCUAUUGUAGCGUCGUAGCGAAUCGAUGGCUCGCAGUGCGACUUGAAACCAUCGGGAAUACGGUGGUCCUUUUCGCCGCGUUGUUUGCUGUUUUGGGCAGGGAAACGAUAUCGCCUGGACUUGUCGGCUUAUCCGUAUCCUACGCCCUGCAAAUUACGGGCGGAUUACUCAUGCUCGUCCGAUUCACGAGCGAUGUCGAAACGAAUAUUGUCGCUGUUGAAAGAAUGGCAGAGUACUCGGAAGCUCCCCAAGAAGCCCCGUGGGAAAUUCCGUCCAAAAAACCGUCGCCAUCCUGGCCCGACAAGGGAGCCAUGAUCUUUAACGCGUACAAAACUAGAUAUCGCCCCGGACUAGAUCUCGUUUUAAGGAAUGUUAGCUUUUCUAUUCAACCCGGAGAAAAGGUUGGAAUUGUUGGUCGAACCGGGGCCGGCAAAUCGUCCCUUACUUUGGCCCUUUUCAGAAUUAUUGAACCCGCCGGGGGAUCAAUUUCCAUUGACGGUGAAGACAUUGGACGCCUCGGCUUGCACGAUGUCCGCGGUAGGAUCACCAUCAUUCCACAGGACCCGGUUCUAUUUUCGGGCACUCUUCGCAUGAAUUUGGACCCCUUCGAGUCAUAUUCUGACCAAGUUAUUUGGCAAACUUUGGAGUUGGCUCAUCUCAAGGAUUUCGUCACCUCAUUACCGGCCGGGUUAACGCAUGAAAUCGCGGAAGGGGGUGAAAAUUUGAGCGUCGGUCAGAGACAGCUCGUAUGUUUGGCUCGCGCUCUGCUGCGUAAAACUAAAAUUCUUUGUUUAGACGAGGCCACCGCCGCGAUUGACCUCGACACAGACGACCUCAUCCAAGCCACGAUACGCAAAGAGUUCAAGGACGCCACCGUUAUCACGAUUGCUCACAGACUCAACACAAUUAUGGAUUCGACACGCGUUAUGGUGCUCGACAAGGGAGAAGUCGUCGAGUUUGACACCGUUCCGAAUCUCUUGGCUCAACCGGACUCUAUUUUCACUGGAAUGGCGAGAGAUGCCGGAUUAACCAAGCAAAAUGGAAAUGGAAACGGCCAUUAAGUGUUAAAAAAGUCCACUUUCGGGAUCAGUUUCUCCGUAAAAAUCGUGGUCUCCCAGAAACCAUGACUUUUUGUGGCGUCAAGUAUUCUACAAGUGUUCCAAAUUGUGACAAAUUUCCUACUUUUUCGAUGCCCAAGAUUUUCAAAAUAUGAAAAAUUUCCUCUUUUUUUCUACAUGAAUUAUUGACCUAGAUAAAUACUUAUCAUGUGAUAUCUUUGUAUCCUCGUCCUGUUGAUUCGUGAUUAUUAAUUAAGUUUUGUUUUCUGCAGAAGUAUACAAAUUUCUAAUUAUGUUAAUUAAUGUGUAUAUAUUUUCGUAAAUCUCUUGGUACAUGUAUCGAUUCCUAAAAAAAUAACGGGAUGAAUAAACAAUUGAAACAUUUCA